CCGGGAGUUCAGGCGAUGGCCGCGCAGCAAGGGAUGCCCAUCUCGGCCCUGCGGGUCCUAGAAGAAGCGUCAGGCAUGGGUUUAACAGCAGCUGCAGAUACCGCGGACGCGGUGGCCACUGAAGGCGCUUACUACCUGGAGCAGGUCACCAUAACUGAAGCAUCUGAAGAUGAUUAUGAAUAUGAAGAGAUACCAGAUGAUAAUUUUAGCAUUCCAGAAGGUGAAGAAGAUCUGGCAAAAGCAAUUCAGAUUGUUCAAGAACAGGCUACAGAUACUUCUAUUUUGGAGCAGAAAACUGUUCUUCCUCCGAAGUAUGCAGCACCUGAAGUAAUAGAAGACUUCCUUUGCAAUUUCCUGAUUAAAAUGGGAAUGACUCGAACUCUUGAUUGCUUUCAAUCUGAAUGGUAUGAAUUAAUACAGAAGGGGAUAAUUGAACUUAGAGAUGUUGAAAAUGUUCCAGAUGUCUAUGCCCAGAAUAUGCUUUUAGAAAGCGAGAACCAAAAUCUGAAGAAAGAAUUGAAGCAGUACAAACAGGCAGCUGAUAAUAUGAAGAAUACAGACCAUUAAAAAGAGAAGAAGAAA